AUGGACGAGCGCAAAGUCUUUGUAAGGAGUCUCAGUUUCUUGGUUUUCUUGUGUUUUGGUCUUUAUGGAUGUGUAACAGUUGAAGCAAUCCGAGAAUGGAGGUUUUUAACUUCUCACGGAAAGGCUGCUAAUGUAGUACUAACCGGUGGUUAUGGGAAAGAGUUUGGGGGUGGCAUUGGUCCUGGAGGUGGAGGUGGAGGUGGAGGUGGAGGUGGUAGGGGAGGUUUAGGAUGUGGUGGUAUCGGUGGAGGCAUAGGAGGAGGUAGUGGUUUAGGCUAUGGCUCUGGUGGUGGUAAAGGUAACUGUGAGAUGGGUGGAGGAUUUGGCGGUGGCAAGGGUGGUCCAUAUGUUGGAGGUAGCGGCGGUGGUGGUGGCUUUGGUGGAGGUAGUGGUAGUGGCUUUGGUGGAGGAUUUGGUAAUGGUGGUGGCUUCGGUGGAGGAUUUGGCAGUGGUGGUGGCGCUGGUGGAGGAAAUGGUGGCGGAUAUCCAGGUUAUGGCGGUAGCCAUGGGCAGUCUAAGUUACCAGAAGUGGCUGCAGGGAGGAGGAACUAA